AUGCACUCAAAAGUUGUCGUCAUCGGCUCGGGCCCUGCUGCCCACACCGCCGCAAUCUACCUCUCCAGAGCCGAGCUGAAGCCCGUCCUGUAUGAGGGUUUCAUGGCCAAUGGCACCGCCGCCGGUGGCCAGCUCACUACCACAACCGAAGUCGAGAACUUCCCCGGUUUCCCCAAGGGAAUCAUGGGACAGGCCUUGAUGGACGACAUGCGCGCCCAAUCCGAGCGUUUCGGAACCGAGAUCGUCACCGACACCGUCACCAAGCUCGACCUCUCCUCGCGGCCCUUCAAGUACUCGACCGAGUUCAACCCCGACGAAACCCACACCGCCGACACCGUCAUCCUCGCCACGGGAGCCUCGGCCCGCCGCCUCAACCUCCCCGGCGAGGACAAGUACUGGCAGAACGGCGUGUCCGCCUGCGCCGUCUGCGACGGCGCCGUCCCCAUCUUCCGCAACAAGCCCCUCUUCGUCAUCGGCGGCGGCGACUCGGCCGCCGAGGAGGCCCUCUUCCUCACAAAGUACGCCAGCCACGUCAACGUCCUCGUGCGCCGCGACGUCCUCCGCGCCAGCAAGACCAUGGCCAACCGCCUGCUGGCCAACAAGAACGUCACCGUCCACUUCAACUCGGUCGGCAAGGAGAUCCGCGGCGGGGACGACGGGCUCAUGAGCCACCUCGUCGUGAAGAACGUCGCCACGGGUGAGGAGAAGGUCCACGAGGCCAACGGCCUCUUCUACGCCAUCGGCCACGACCCCGCCACCGCCCUCGUCAAGGGCCAGCUGGACGUGGACGAGGAUGGCUACGUCAUCACAAAGCCCGGCACCACCGAGACGAGCAUCGAGGGUGUGUUCGCUGCCGGUGAUGUCCAGGACAAGCGAUAUCGCCAGGCCAUCACGAGUGCUGGCACUGGUUGUAUGGCUGCCUUGGAGGCAGAGAAGUACCUGGCUGAGAGGGAGGAUGCGUGA